AUGGCCAAUUCACCCCCAGCUUCGUCCCCAAGCUCCAACGAGAAAUUCGCAGUUGUCGUGAAAGAGGAUGUAGAAAGUGCGAGUGUUAACGAGGUGCUCUUACAGCGUAAUUCUUUGGAAAGUGCUGACAAUUUCUACUGCAAGGAUGUUCCCGAAGCCGAUGCCUUGGCUAACAAGAAACUGAUAUGGAAGACGGACUUGCGCAUAGUGCCUCUGUCAGCGUUCAUAUACUUGCUAUGCAACCUCGAUAGAUUGAACAUCGGUAACGCGAAAAUUAUGAACAAGGAAGAGGGUCACGAUCUUUUGACGGAGACUAGGCUUACCAGCUACCAUUACACGAUUGCCCUUACGAUAUUCUUCCUAGCAUAUGCCUUCUUUGAAGUACCAUCAAAUAUUUUGCUGAAGCGAUUACGGCCUAAUAGGUGGAUUGCGACCCUCAUGUUUACCUGGGGUGUUAUCACUAUUGGUUUGGGUGGGGUUACGAAUUACGCGACUCUGACUAUUGUUCGGUUCCUACUUGGUGUCUUCGAAGCCGGCUUGUUCCCAGGUCUAGUCUAUUAUGUGACGUUCUGGUACAGACCAGAAGAACGAUCUUUCCGUAUUGCCCUCAUACUGGCUUCUGCCACACUGGCGGGAGCCUUUGGUGGGGCGAUAGCUUAUGGAAUUGCACAUAUGGAAGGAAGUGGUGGUCUCUCUGCUUGGAGAUGGCUGUUUAUACUGGAAGGAAUUCCGUCCGUUGUUCUAGCUUUCCCAAUCUGGUUUUACCUUCCUGAUUAUCCGGAGACUGCGUCUUGGCUGUCACCAGAGGAAAAGGCACUUUCUGUAGCCCGUCUCAAGGAUAGCUCAAAGGCCUCUGGUAGAGGACUAUCUUGGCGAGAUGCUACGUUAACUUUGAUGGACUGUCGCUUAUGGAUUCAUUUCCUGGUAUAUUUCGGAAUUUCAGCCCCGUUCUCAAGCAUGUCACUCUUUGCGCCUACCAUCGUAUCUGGUUUAGGCUACACAUCUCUACAUGCCCAGCUGAUGACCGUACCUCCUUAUGCUGUGUCUUGGGUGUUCUCAGUUUUCGUUGGAUAUGCUGCAGAUCGGCUGAAUCGCCGGGGCCUUUUCUCUGCAACCUUUGCUGCAAUUGGAGCCAUAGGAUUUAUUACUUCAGCCACACUUCCAGAAGAUGCGUACAAGAGUCGGUACGGCACACUUAUUAUCGCAUGCGCUGGUGCUUUCUCGUGUAUAUCGCCUUUGUUAGGAUGGCUAUCCUGCAACAUGCAUUCCACUGCUUCAACGGGGCUUGCGGUAGCGCUGAAUAUCUCGUUCGGCGCUCCGGGACAAAUUGUCGGGGUUUGGAUCUAUAAGGGGGAAGAAGCCUCAAAGGGCUAUCCAACAGGGCAUUGGACGAAUGCUGCGCUUUUGAUUCUUGUAUCGGCAGGUUGCAUCGGGCUGCAUCUGUUGUAUCAUUCGAGGAACCAGAGAAUCGAAGAGAACGAUUCUCCAGAGAUGUUAUGGAAGCUCUAG